AUGCCGUGUCUCGAAGAAGGAGAGCAAGAUUCGCGCACAGAUUCAAUACCAUCUGUUUCUGAGACAUGGCGCGACAGUCUUGUGUCGCGCGAUGCUAGGAGCAGUGUUGAUUAUGUGAAUCGCUCGCCUCGCACCGACAGUAUGUUCUCGUUGAACGAGGCACAAGUGGAUCAAUAUCAGAGGCCUACCUGUACGAAACCGUCUGCUGCACACCGCGCGCUGCAAGUGAGCGUGUUUUGGAACACGUCGCCGAAAAAAGAGCCUAGCACACAGUCAGAACCACCUGAAGAACUGAGCCAACGCUUAUCGGAGCGGAUUCAAAUGGAUAUCUUGCAAGCAUAUGGUAGCACGCACUCGCGCCCAGAAACCCCAGCGCAAGGCUUUUACGAAAAGGGCAAUUUACUGGACGCCAGUGCAGAGAAAGAAAUGGACGCGCAACGCAGCGCAAAUUUGCGCGCCGCCUCGCUCACAGAGUCAGAAAUUAAGCGCAAUCUAUCACUGUACGAGCCUGAGUUUGCUGCACUUUUGGAAACUCCGGAAAUUAUGCGUAAUAACCGGAUCGAGAGCGAGGAGAGCCGUAUGUCAAAACUGCGGCUCUCGAACGACGCGCAAGUAUUUCUAGAUCACGUUUCGGAUGAGACUGAUGGACUCUCGAGCGGAGAGACACGUAUGCACAUGCCUACCGAUCAAGCCACGGACAUCUACUCGCAUAUACCCAACGAUAUGCAAGGUCUGGAGAUGCAUCGACACGUCGCACUUGCCGAAUUGUUGGCAAUUCGAGACACAACAGCACCCCCAGGUGCAUUUCCAGGUGAUAGUAUGCCCGUGCAAAAUCGUGUAGCACUACUCCUUGACUCUUUGGUUGCGCAUUUGGAUUCAGUUAAGCAAGAGUACGUCGACCAGCUGCAAAACUUGCUCCUGAUGCAAAAUACCGUGCGGCAAGAAUUGGGUCCGAUGCUCGAGCAACACGCCAUGCUGCAAAAGCAGAACCAGCAUAUGUUGCAAAAGGCAAACGAACUUGCUGGAUGUGUAAUGCAACUGGAAGCCAGCAGAGCGCGGACAGAAAAACCGCUCCCAGAAACACACAAAGGUGCUGGCACUUUUCAGGUUUCUCCUUCCUUGAUGCCUAAGCCAAAUGUGGCGUCUCUACAGCUUGGAUCGCCAGAAACUAGGCCCGCACCGGCCUCGGAACCCCCAAACAGUGCGAGACUGGACGCCUCUUUGCCGCCACUGCCGUCGCAGCGAAAAUUUCGUUGGAUUAAGCCACUCUUGCUUUCCAAUCAAGACUUGACCGCCAUUGGCAAUACACUCUUGCAACCUGCAUAUGAUAUUGGGCGUACAUCACCGGCGAGUCUUCCUCCGUCUCCGCAGCGUUAUGAUGUUACUCAUACGCACCCGCACGACUUCCAGACGACCAAUAUCUUAAGACCCAAUGCGCGCUGUUGCGUGUGCACGCGCAAUGUAUGGGCCCAGACGGAAUUGCGCUGCACACAGUGCCUGCUAACAUGUCAUGUUGGCUGCAAUGACCACGUAACGUCUGCAUGUGAGCCCAAUCGUCCCAGCGCGCAUCAACGCUCGGGAUCGCUUGGGAAAACGCUGAUGCCUUUGCAUGAAUUUACCAACCCGCCUCAGGUUGAAUCUAUGAUUGGCCGUCCCUUGCAAGAUCAGGUCCAGCGCGAGCAGAACGCCGUUCCAAGAUUGAUUGACCGAUGCCUGAUUGCUAUUGAGCGCAACGGGAUCAAUGAAGAGGGUAUUUACCGUCGCACAGGAGGUAUCAAUCAGCAGAAACAAAUUGUCCAGCUUUUUGACAGCGGGCAGCAAUUUGAUCUCUGCGACAUUCGCCAAUUUAAUGACACUGGCGCAAUCACGAGCGUGGUAAAAUUUUAUUUGCGCGAACUUCCUGAGCCACUGAUUCCGAGUGAACUGCACGACGACUUUGUUGAAUUUGGCGUGCAGCUGGAGAGUGGGUCGUCCUUCCCCGCCGCACCCGCGAUGGCCGCACUUUUGGGGAAACUGCCUGUGGCGAACCGAAAUACGUUGCAGCACGAAAAUGUCGGCAUCGAACUUGGGGUUAAUUUUUGGGCCUACAUUGAUGCGUGCUAG